GAGCCCCAAGAAGUGAGAAGCAGAUCAAUGAAUAUGUGGAGAGAAAACCCAUGGGAAAAUUGUGGAACUGGUCAAGGGUCUCGAUCCACCACUGUUAUAGUUAUGGUUAACUACAUAUUCUUUAAAGGCAGCUGGGAGAAACCUUUUGAUCCAGCAAUGACAACAGAAAGAGACUUCUUUGUAGAUCAUGAGACAACUGUCAAAGUCCCAAUGAUGCACAGGCUGGGCUGGUUUCACUACUAUUUUGAUGCUGAGCUCUCCUGCACAGUGCUACAGCUUGACUACAAUGGUACUGCGACAGCAUUUUUUGUCCUACCUGAAGCUGGGAAAAGCAAGGAACUGGAUAAGGCAAUUUCAAUUGGUGUUUUGACCAAGUGGGCUGAACGUGUUCGACGUCACACAGCAAACGUGUAUCUUCCAAAGUUUAAUAUUUCUGCCAGCUAUGACCUAGAGGAGCCCCUCUCCAAAAUGGGUAUUACUGAUAUAUUCUCUGACCAUGCUGAUCUCUCUGGAAUCACUGGGGAAAGUUUGAAAGUAUCAAAAAUUACCCAUAAAGCUGCACUGACUGUUGAUGAAAGGGGUACUGAGGCAGCUGCAGCCACUGCAGUCGAAAUCAUUCCCAUGUCUUUGCCUCCAACCAUUGAGUUCAACCAUCCUUUUCACAUGCUGAUGUAUGAUGAAGUCACCAACAGUACACUUUUUAUUGGCAAAAUAGUAGACCCAACUAAGCCUUAAGCAACAAAUACAGUAAAUUCUGAAUACAUCUUGAAAAUAAACAACACUUUGGAACCUGAA